UCUGUCCAGAUCUAGCUCAACUGUAGAAGGACUAUAGUGGUGUAUAGUUGAUCCUGAUCGACGGUGGGGAUACGUACGAACUCGGAUUUUAAGUGACAGUUCGUCGGCUCUGGACCAAAAGCUCUGGAUUCAGUGGGAUACACUGUGUUCGUUCGAUCGUGUGAUACGGCGAGUUUUUGAUUUUUGUGAAUGCUGCUCCGCAGCCAGGAACAGUGGUGCGAGAACUUUUAUUGGGUUUCAUGAGAGGACUGGAGGCGCGACCGCGCUGAGAUGACGGUGACAACAAACUUCUCAAUGAUGCGACCUUGUUUUACUGGAUACCCUUUUCAAGAUUUGGGAUCGAUACCAGGUCAAGGACGCGUUAACCAACUUGGUGGUGUUUUCAUAAAUGGGAGACCGUUACCAAAUCAUAUUCGGCUAAAAAUCGUGGAAAUGGCUGCAGCUGGGGUCAGACCCUGUGUGAUUUCGAGACAGCUAAGGGUAUCUCAUGGAUGUGUUUCGAAAAUUUUGAACCGCUACCAAGAAACUGGAAGCAUCAGGCCUGGCGUGAUCGGCGGCAGCAAGCCUAGAGUCGCCACACCAGAAGUAGAGAAUAGGAUCGAAGAGUACAAACGCGAUAAUCCGGGAAUAUUCUCGUGGGAAAUACGCGACAGAUUGAUAAAGGAAGGAAUUUGCGACCGGACUAGCGCUCCAAGCGUCUCGGCGAUCUCAAGACUACUCCGAGGUCGCGACCCCGAGGAUGAAACCAAACUUGGCGACCGCGAUGGUAAAACGAGUUCCGGGUCUGAUUGUGAGAGCGAGCCAGGAAUUCCUCUAAAAAGAAAACAACGUAGGAGCAGGACGACCUUCACAGCUCAUCAAUUAGACGAACUAGAACGGGCAUUCGAACGAACCCAAUAUCCAGACAUUUAUACCAGAGAAGAAUUAGCUCAGAGGACCAAAUUGACUGAAGCCAGAAUUCAAGUUUGGUUCAGCAAUAGAAGGGCCAGGUUAAGGAAACAGCUAUCUUCAACUUCUGGUGGUUACGUCGGUUCAGUCGCAUAUCCUGCAGCAUCUUACGUUUUACAUCCGCCUGCUGCACCUCACCCACACGCUACAACUGCUGUUCCACCGGGUCAUCCGCAUCCUCAUUCUCAUGGGCAAACUUUACCUGAUAGCACAUUCUCGUCGAGUCAAGUUCCAGAACUCUAUUCAUCUCACCAUGGCACGAUGUCGCAUCAAUUAACUACGGAUUCAACUCGUCUGUCUUCAUCUGUCGGAUCCACACCGGCUUACGGUCUUCCAGCAUCGGUAACUUAUCCCAGCUCGCUGUUACCAGCAACAUCAACCAGCAGCACUCACAUGAGCCAUCAAAUGUCUCCAGUAGCUGCAGCUUCCUCUUCAACGUACCAACAGGCCAGUAGUCAUCAACUUCCAACAACACCGAACUCUUUGGUCACCAUGAUGGGUUCAAAUUCUGGAAACUCAAAUCCAGCGUCCGAACAAUUAGCUUCGGCGGACCUACCGAUUAGCUCGGUGUCUCCUGUCCAACAGCAGCAACAACAGCAACAGCAGGCGAGUCAGGGAAACUCUUCGCCAACGUGGAAUAUUCCGAUUUCUAGCGGAGGAAGAGUUGGACUUCCGAGUCCACCAACGAGCCUGCAACAGUCUCAUGCUCACGCUACACAUCCUCAUCAAGCUUUCGCUAGUCAUUAUAGCGCUCAAGGUUUUCAACAACCAGCCAGACCUGCUCCUCAUCAACCGUUUUAUAGUUGGUAUUGAGGAGAUUAGAAAUUUUGAGGAUUU